UAGUUUCCAAACUUUUGCAGUCUGGAGGUUGUGCGUCUGGUUUUUAAAGCAUGCAAAGGAAUGUCAGAACAAGCAAAACAGCAGGGCACACAGGGAGUUAGGAUGUCUGCUUAAGAACAGUGGAGAUUUUAUGCACAGGGAUCUUUUUAACAGACAUAUUUUUCUUGUAGCAGAGGAGGCAGAAACUUGAACAAAAUGAAGGAAAUAGUAUUUGGAAUUGUGCUGAAGCUAGCUUUGAUCGAUCUUCUAAUUUUGCAGGAAACGUUAUCUGCACCAUCACCUAUCAUUAGGUUUCCUGGGGACUCCUCUCCUAAAACAGAUAAGGAAUUGGCAGUGCAAUAUCUAAAUAAAUUCUAUGGGUGUCCAAAAGAAAAGUGCAACUUGUUUGUACUUAAAGAUACUCUGAAACAGAUGCAGAAGUUUUUUGGAUUGCCACAAACUGGAGAGAUGGACCAGAAAACCAUUGAAACAAUGAAGAAGCCCCGCUGUGGUAACCCAGAUCUCGCAAACUACAACUUUUUCCCUGGCCGGCCUAAAUGGGAAAAAAAUGAUCUUACCUACAGGAUUUUGGGAUACACACCAGACCUGGACUCAGAGACUGUGGAUGAUGCCUUUGCACGUGCCUUUCAAGUCUGGAGUGAUUACACACCUCUGAGAUUUACUAGAGUUAUGGACGGAGAGGCAGAUAUCAUGAUUAACUUUGGUCGCUGGGAACAUGGAGAUGGAUAUCCAUUUGAUGGCAAAGAUGGGCUCUUGGCACAUGCAUUUGCACCUGGACAAGGAAUUGGAGGCGAUUCUCAUUUUGAUGAUGACGAACUCUGGACACUUGGUGAAGGACAAGUUGUAAAAGUAAAGUAUGGAAAUGCUGAUGGGGAAUUCUGUAAAUUUCCAUUUUUGUUCAAUGGAAAAGAGUAUGAAACGUGCACAGAUGAAGGACGUUCAGAUGGAUUUCUAUGGUGCUCAACAACAUACGACUUUGAUUCUGAUGGGAAAUAUGGAUUUUGUCCACAUGAGUUACUCUUCACAUUGGGUGGAAAUGGUGAAGGACAGCCAUGCAAACUCCCUUUCAAGUUUCAAGGCACGUCCUAUGAUAGCUGUACAACAGAAGGAAGAACUGACGGAUAUCGCUGGUGCGCUACAACUGAUGACUAUGACAAGGACAAGAAGUAUGGAUUCUGUCCAGAGACAGUCUUAUCAACAGUUGGAGGCAAUAGUGAAGGUGCCCCAUGUGUGUUUCCAUUCACCUUCCUUGGGGAGAAGUACCAGUCCUGCACAACUUCCGGACGUAGUGAUGGCAAGUUGUGGUGUUCUUCUACAAAGAGCUAUGAUGAUGACAGGAAGUGGGGGUUCUGUCCUGAUCAAGGUUACAGCCUAUUUCUGGUUGCAGCUCAUGAAUUUGGCCAUGCGCUGGGCCUGGAGCAUUCCCAAGAUCCAUCAGCUUUAAUGGCACCGAUGUAUUCCUAUAUAAAGAGCUUCAAACUUCCUCAGGAUGACAUCAGUGCAAUUCAGACACUGUAUGGCCCAGGUAGUGGAAAACCAGUUCCUCGACCACCUCCACCACCACCACCACCACCACCAGGGCCAACACAAGUGCCCGUUUCUCCUGUGGACUUGUGUAAGGAGGAUAUUGUGUUUGAUGCAGUAUCCCAAAUAAAGGGGGAAACAGUCUUCUUCAAAGACAAACUCCUAUGGAAGACCACAAAUCCCAGGAAAAAGCCCACAGGCCCUUCCCUUGUAACUUCUUUUCGGUCUGGACUGCCAGAAAAAAUUGAUGCUGCAUAUGAGUUACUUCAGGAAGACAAAUCAGUUUUUUUUGCAGGAAACAGGUACUGGGUAUACUCUGGAACUACUCUAGAAAGAGGAUUUCCAAAGCAGAUUUCAACACUUGGCCUGCCUGCAGAUCUGCAACAUGUUGAUGGUGCUUUUAACUGGAGGAAAAAUAAGAAGACCUACAUUUUUGCAGGCGAUAAGUUUUGGAGGUACAAUGAAGUAAAGAAUAAAAUGGAUCCCGGCUUUCCAAAAUUAAUAGCAGAUGCCUGGAAUGGUGUGCCUGACAAUUUAGAUGCUGUAUUUCAGUCCAACAGUAGUGAUCACAGCUAUUUCAUCAAGGACUGGUAUAGCCUUAAACUGGAAGACAACACCCUAAAGAUUGUUAAAGUUGGAAAUGUGAAAAAUGACUGGCUAGGUUGCUGAUCUGUAUUAUAUGCAGCAAACCAACAGUGCAUAACCUGUUUUUCCCCUGUCAAAUCUCCAGUCAGAGGUAGAGCAAAAUUAAUAAUAAUAGGCCGGUCUGGCACUGGUAACUGGUAGUAACUACCCAAGUAUCAGAUAUUAUUUUAAUCUCAGUCAAGGAAUCUUGUUUUAGAAAAGCAAGUAUCAAAUGUGAUCCUUGGAAUGAGGCAUUAAAAUGUAUUAAGCCACCUAUGAAUGUAAUAGAAAUUUAAAGUAACAGGCAGUUCUCUUGUUUGGUAAAGACUCUUAUUAGUCUAUAGAAUUAUUUUCUAACACUGAGUAUUCUGAAUUUGUGUUUUUUUACUGAAUGUCACAUGGUAUUGGAUUCAAGGAUUUUGGAAAUAAUUAAUAUUGAAAUCUUAUGAACACAUAAAUGUUACAUCAAUGGAAGUUUAUGAGUAUUUCUUAUGUAGAAUCACAUGAGUGACCUUUCUCUUUUGAUCUGUUAGCUACUUUGUUCAGUAAUACUAUCGUCCCUACCUGAAACUGCUUACAUCUUUACACAUCUAUUUAUGUAAAUCCUUAAACUAAAAUUAUGUUCCACUUAUCCAGCAUUGGUUGUCAGUUCUACUUUUAACACUGCUUUGUGGUGUAUGUCAUGUACUCCUUAACUGAUUGUUCUAGUAAAUAAGAUUAGUCUUAAUUAUUUGCAUUACAUUUGCAAUACCAUAGCGUGAUCUUACGACAAGUGGAAAUUAGGAUUGUAAUUAAACCAUUCACAGCUUGGACAAUUUCCAUUACACUUAGUAAAAAGGAAAAGAUGCUUUUAUAAUCAGUUUGACUGAAAAUGAAAUGAGGACAGAAUGCUUGAAAAUUAGUAUAUAACAAGUUGGAAAACAUCAUUAUCUGUAAUUUUCUAAUCUCAAAGUUGACUUAUACACAUUUUACCAAAAUAAAUAGGAUCAGUGGUUUAUAUUCAAAUGUAAAUUUACAGUCUCAAGAACAUGCCAAAAAUAUGCACAAAAGCCUGCUAAAUAAUAUUGCAAGAAAUGAAGUCUCUUUAUUCUAGACAGAAAGUGAAAAAAAAAUAGUAAAUGAAUAAUUGAAUCUAUUUAGCUUUGUGGCAGAUAGGACUUGAUGAAUUACUGGCCAUGGCUGUUGAUACUUGUGUCUGCAAAUUACACGAAUAUUUAACAAAAGUGUACUCCUGACCUAAUGUGAUUAGUUGAAAUCCUUUUGAUAUUUUACUGGCACCCUUUCUGAUCUUCAUUCAUCUGUUAAGCAGCUUGGAAUCAUAUUACUUUAUGAAAUAAAGACUGAUUGAAAUGUAUUUCACUGGACAGGACACAACUAAAUUACAUUUAGGUAGAUAUGUAAUUUGUUUCUCAAGGCUUUCAACAAUGUAGAGUUGGAUAUUUAAAAUGGCUUGUAUACAGAGAACUCCAUAUUUAAUGACAUUUCAGAUUUGAACAUGAUCAUUUUACAAUGUUUGACAAGUUCCAUUUGGAAAACUUAGAGGAGAUGCAAACAGUUAAAGUCAAACAAAAUGCUGCCUGUAGUAACAUAGUAUGGCCCUUUGUUUAGCUGCUUCACAACGUUAAGCCAACUCACAGAUCCAAACAAUAACAAGGAAAUGCCUCCCAGACUAGGAAUAUAAAUUAUGGCACAAAACCAAUCAAGUCUCCAUCCAUAAGUGUGCUUGAGGUACUUGUUGUAACCCACUUUUCACUAUAUAACUCACAAAAAAAAACAUAGACAAAACAAAAACCUUUUUGAAAUACCACAGAGAAUGCUGAUGUUUUUGUUCUCUGCAGAUCAAGAAGCUGAACAGCCUCUGUUGGGACAACAAAUCUGCUAAAAACUAGAAUGCUGCUGCUGCUGAUGAUGAUGAUGCAAACUCUCUUGUUUACACAAGGGAGUUUACUGAUACAUGCCUGGGUGUAAUAGAAACUGGAGACUGUCAGGUUUACAUAGACACAUCUAACAGAGCCCUCACCUUUGCAAGCAGUUACAGAUACUGAAUAACAGAGGAGGAAUGGUUAGAAAAUUGUAAACGCACCCAUUUGCCCUGCACCAUGCAACAUCUGGCUGCAGAAGUCCUUGCCAAUUUGUUACCCAUUCCUUACAGGUUAUGCCAGUAAGGAUUGUUUUGAGUCUGAUGCUCAUAAUGGGGAAAUAGAUCAAAACUAACUACAGUCUAUGAGAAAGCUGUAUGUUCAACAUACUAAUAAGGUAUUUUCCAGGAAUGUUGCCCACAGAUAUUUCUGUCUGUAAAUCAGCGCUGUUAUCAUAAGCAGCUAGAUAUGUUAAUCAGUUUAUUAGCCUCCAUUUUGAGGGGUGUCUGAAUGACCCAUUGUCAGUGUACCAAGCACAAAGAAAAAUUAAUGUUGUAUUCUGUUAACAUGACCCAUUUGACAUUUUUGUAUAUGGCAUGUACACUAAGGCAUGUCUUCCGGUAAAAAUGCAUUUCAUUCACAAUAUUGAUGGGAUAUGGCGAUCUAGCAAUCCCACAGCAUAAGUUAACAUUCAGAGAAGUUAGGUAAUGCGUGUCAGACCUCUGUCUGACUAGUGUACUGAGGAAUUUUGCUUUAUACCAACAAAGAGGCUCUAUGGGACCAGUGUUUGAUAUGCACUGAAGUGGAAAAAAAUCCUCAAAUCCUUCUUCCUUCUGAUCACUGUUCAAAAAGAAAAAAAGUAGUUUGUUAUUUAAUUUAAUCAUCUAAACUGAGAACUGUAAUUCUUUUCUUUCUGCUAAUUUCUGUUAAUUACUGAAUAAAUAUGCACUCCUUUAUAUCAAGUCCUUGUAGAAUGUGCAUUACAAAGAUACUGCAGUUAUGUAUCUUUCUGUUGGCAUUCUCACAUUUAUCUCAACUGUCCCUGAUAUUCAGAGACAUUUCUGAAUUUGGCUCAAAAUGUUGCCCUGUCCCUUCUAAUCCCUGCUAAAACUAGCAAUUUGGGAAGAAAAGAUGGUGGAUUUCAGCUAAAUAAUGACAAUAAUUAGGAGUAUAGACUUUUUGUACUUCAGGAAAUGCAUGUUAAUUCACAUUCUCAUAUUCUGUCAGCUUAUAAAGUUAAUACAAUUAUUUUAGAAAGUGUCCUUGAUCAUUUCUGGAUUUUUCCCUGAUUCCGAAGGUAAGCGGUUGAGACAUCAUAAUAAUUUUUGCAGUAACAAAGAGAGGUGUUACCAAUGGUAAACACUUCUGACGUAAGUAAGAACAUCAAAUUUAUUAUAGUAAAAGAAAAGUAUGCCAUAUUAUAAAAGAACCAGACAUAAAAGCAAGGAUAAAAGACAACCAGAAUGUUUACGUAAAAUGUGGAAUAGCCUGAAUGUGUAUAUUGCAAAAAUAUGUUUAACUUUUUAUUCAGAAUGUAAUGCAAAUAGAAAAGGCACAGGUUGCCUGAAUUUUUGCUUUGUAUUACUUCAUAGAUUCAUGACAAUAAAUUUUGUUAUAGCUACCAAAA